AUGAAGAAACAGAAAAGCAGAGCGACGUCAGAGGAAAAACAAUGGCGGCUAAUGGGCAGCGUCUGUACCGAACUCAAACAAGACGAAGAACCCGAAGCAAAAACAUAUUAAGUAAAAUCAAAAAUGGGCAGAUAACGGGUUCGGGGAUGACCCGAGGAACCCAGUUUCCAAUGGACCUUCUUGAGGAGAGAGAUAAGAAAGCCCGGUGGCAGGGAAUACCACUGCUACUGAGGAGACUACAUGAAAGCAGCCACAUAAACAGCGACCUUUCCAAGACUCACAGCGUGGUUAAGGAACUGUCAUCGUUGCUUUCCAUGGAGGCAAUGUCUUUUGUCACAGAAGACCGUAAGACGCCUCAGGAGUCUGUUUCACCGAACACCUACACUUUUGAUCUUUUUGGUGGAGUUGAUUUGUUUGUAGAGAUUCUGAUGCGCCCCACUCUCUCAAUACAGGGCAGUGUACCCAUAAUGAGUGAUGACCUCAUCAAGGACUGCUUAAGUGUCCUUUACAACUGCUGUAUAUGUACAGAGGGGGUUACAAAAAGCCUUGCAGCGAGGGAUGACUUCGUAAUGUUCCUUUUCACUCUAAUGUCCAACAAAAAGACUUUCUUGCAGACGGCCACACUUAUUGAAGACAUAAUGGGGGUUAGGAAGGAGGUAAUCCGACUGGAGGACAUACCUAACCUGGGCAGUUUGGUCCAGAGCUUCAAUCAACAGCAGCUGGCCAACUUCUGCCGUAUUCUGUCUGUCACCAUAUCGGAACCAGAUAUGGGAGUGGAUGACAAGCACACCCUCCUGGCCCGCAAUGCCCAACAAAAGAUCAAUGCCUCUCCUUCGCGUGCCGAGAGUAACCAAGUGGCUCUGCUGAAUAUCCCAGGCUUCAUUGAGCGGCUAUGUAAGCUGGCCACACGGAAGGUGUCUGAGGCAUCGGGCACUUCUGCUCUGCUGCAGGAGCUGGAGGACUGGCAUAGCUGGCUGGACAAUGCGUUGGUGUUGGAUGCUCUCAUGCAAAUGGCCAUCGAGGAGGCAGAGCAGAGCAGCACAGAAUCAUCUGAUGAAGGCUCACUAUCGUCAAGUCCUCUGAGGCACACAUUGCCACAGUCAAUGAAGAUCGUGCAUGAGAUCAUGUACAAAGUGGAAGUUCUCUAUGUGUUGUGCGUGCUCCUCAUGGGUCGGCAGAGAAAUCAGGUUCACAGGAUGCUGGCAGAGUACCGCUUAAUUCCUGGCCUGAAUAACUUGUUCGACAAGCUGAUAUGGAGGAGACAACCAUCCAGCCACACCUUACACAGACAGAAUCAGAACUGUGACUGCAGCCCAGAGAUCUCAUUCAAGAUCCAGUUUCUAAGACUGCUUCAGAGCUUCAGUGACCACCAUGAGAACAAGUAUCUGCUUCUGAAUGGACAGGAGCUGAAUGAGCUCAGUGCCAUUUCUCUAAAAGCAAACAUCCCUGAAGUGGAGGCAUUGGUCAACACAGACAGGAAUCUUGUGUGUGAUGGCAAGAAAGGUCUCCUGACAAGGCUCAUAUCCGUGAUGAAGAAAGAACCUGUUGAUUCAUCAUUCAGGUUCUGGCAGGCGAGAGCAGUAGAAAGUUUUCUCAGAGGAGCUACAUCAUAUGCAGACCAGAUAUUCCUGCUAAAGAGGGGCUUGUUGGAGCACAUCCUCUUCUGCAUCAUUGACAGUGGCUGUAAAUCACGUGAUGUCCUCCAGAGCUAUUUUGAUCUACUGGGAGAGCUCAUGAAGUUCAACAUUGAUGCCUUCAAGAGAUUUAACAAAUAUGUGAACACAGAUGAAAAGUUUCAGAUGUUUCUGAGCCAAAUAAACAGCUCAUUAGUGGACUCCAACAUGCUGGUUCGCUGCAUCGUUCUGUCUUUGGAUCGUUUCGAGGGCCAAGCAGAAGACAUUAAAGUGGUGGAGGUGCUUUCGGAGUGCCGUCUUUUGUCCUACAUGUCUCAAGUAGAGAAUCGACUCUCCUUUCUCUUCAGGCUGAUCAACAUCAUCAACGUUCAGACUCUAACUCAGGAGAACGUGAGCUGCCUGAACACAAGUUUGGUGGUGCUGAUGCUGGCGCGGUGGAGGGGCAAGCUGCCGUUUUACUUGGGUGCUCUAAAAGAAAAGGAGUACUCAGAGAAAUAUCCCGGCUGCUUACUCAACAACUUCCACCACCUACUGCGCUUCUGGCAGCACCACUACCUCAACAAAGACAAGGACAGCACCUGCCUGGAGAAUAGUUCCUGUAUUCCUUUUACCUACUGGAAGGAAACGGUGACGGUGUUGCUGAGUUCAGAUCGGAGCUCCCUCUGUGCCAUUGCCACGUACAUAGAUGAGGCCUACAGGGACCUGGAAAGAGACUUUAUGGAGGUGUGAUUUUGGAGACUGUGUGACUGUGGAAGGGAAGUUCUAAUUGGGCUACUUGCAGGGGCUCAGCACGUCCACGGAUUACAUCCAGGUCUCCCUUCACAGGACUGCUCUAUAGGGAUUCUGUAUGGAUUUGUGUGUAUGUAUGAAAGAGGAAGUGGUGUGGGUGCGCUUAUGUUUUUACAAGUGCGUUUGAAUGUGCUAUGUGCUGGUUAUAGGGAACCGGUACUUCUAAAUCCUAGAUGUAUGCGUGACUGUGCAUGCUCGCACUUAUAUGUGAGCGUGUGUGUGUGUGUGUGUGUGUGUGUGUGUGUGUGUGUGUGUGUGUGUGUCUGUGCGUGAGUGUGGUUUGCAGUAGACGCUGGAUGUUUUUCCUCCAGGCCUACAUAGGCACACUUCUUUCAGCUGUAGUCUAAGGGCUCUCUCCUUUUUAGAUAUGCGAGUGUGUUGUGACCUGAUUAAAGAGAGUUUAAAAAAAAAUACACCACCGCCACACACAUCUGGAGAUGCCCAUGAAAAGAGCCCACUCCUCUAGCACAAAAAAAGCUAUGAAAUUCAGGGCCAAUGCAAUCGUUGAUGUUGGUGGUUUGCUUAGUUUAAGUACUGCCUCUAUAUUUAAAAAUACUGUGUAGCUCACUCUUAAAUUCAAAUUCUAACUUUACAGCCCAGUGACAAAGGACAGUAAAUGAAAAAUAAAGAUGUAAUAUGUUUUAUCACAUUUAUGUCUUAUGAUUACAUAAACAAUAUUGUUCACUA